AUGUGGGACAUCUCCUCAAAUUCUUCUUCAUCAUCAUCAGUAUCGCCCGGGCCAGUCAAGUCCAAGACUGUGCACCAGGGAAGCAUCCUCUGUCUGGGGGUCUCGGAAGACAAGAGCAUCCUAGUGACCGGCUCUUCAGACUCGACUUGCAUCGUAUGGAGCCUUCCAGACCUGACACCCAAGCCGCUCGUCUUCCGCAACCACCAGUCCGGAAUUCUUGAUCUCUGUCUUGCUCUGCAGUACUGUGUCAGCUCGUCUCGCGACAACACCGUCCGGGUCUGGAACCACACGACCGCAAAGGAAUGCCACUCGCUGGUCGGCCACAGCGGGCCUGUAAACGCCCUGGAUGCCGAAGGACCCUGGGUCGUCUCUGCUUCCGGAGACACAACCCUGAGACUCUGGGACGUCAGGACCGGCGAGUGUCUUCGAACAUUUUCCGGCCAUGCGAUGGGCUUAACGUGCGUCAAGAUCCAGGCAUCAAUGAUCUAUAGCGGCGGCCAGGACGGCAGGGUCAAGAUCUGGGACCAGAACACCGGCAUGUGCACCAUGACCCUCGUCGGCCACACCAAGCUCAUCCGUGCCGUGACCUGCCAAGACGGCAAGGUUGUCAGCGGCAGUUACGAUCGAACUCUGCGGGUCUGGGACGCCAAGACCGGAAAAUGCGUAUUAAGGUACCAGAGUGAAGACUUUGGGUGGAUCUUUAGUGUCCUGAUGAACCGAACCCAGAUGAUCAGUGCUGGACAGAGCAAACAGAUCAUGGCUCUCGAUUUUGGUCUAAACUCACUCACCAACCACAGUAACAUAGAAAUUUAA